CUCCCGCCCCUCCCCCGCCCCUCCUGGCCGGAUCGGCGUGCGCCUGCGCACGGGAGGCCGGAGGAGUCUUACCCUAAUGUAAGAUGGUGGCCCGUCUGGCUGUGGAACCCACCGAAAGCUGAGAGUGUCUCUCUCAGCCGUAAAGGUCGGACUCGCUGAAGCAAUUAGGCCCGGUUCUGAAGAGUUUUUUCCCCGACGCUCGUUCGGUGGUUUCUUGUGAGGACGCGGCAGCGCGUGGAGUCGGCUGAAGGAAAAGCGAGGCAAGGCAGGCGGGUCGUCAGAGUCCUACAUUUUAGCUUUCAGUGCUGAACUUCCUUCUCCCUUAAAUUAUUAUAAACUUUUGCUGCUGUUUAAUAAACGUGAAGAUGUCUCGCAGUCCUGAUGCGAAGGAAGACCCUGUGGAGUGCCCUCUUUGCAUGGAGCCCUUGGAGAUAGAUGAUAUCAACUUUUUCCCUUGCACCUGUGGCUACCAGAUUUGCCGAUUUUGUUGGCAUCGAAUUCGCACUGAUGAAAAUGGGCUUUGUCCUGCAUGUAGAAAGCCAUAUCCAGAAGACCCAGCAGUUUAUAAACCACUCUCCCAGGAAGAACUGCAAAGGAUAAAGAAUGAGAAAAAACAGAAACAAAAUGAGAGAAAACAAAAAAUAUCAGAAAAUCGCAAACAUUUGGCUAGUGUACGUGUCGUACAAAAAAACCUCGUCUUUGUUGUAGGUUUAUCUCAGCGCCUAGCAGACCCAGAGGUUUUAAAACGACCAGAAUAUUUUGGGAAGUUUGGUAAAAUACAUAAAGUUGUCAUCAAUAAUAGCACAUCAUAUGCAGGCUCACAGGGUCCAAGUGCCAGUGCUUAUGUAACCUAUAUCCGGUCAGAAGAUGCUCUCAGAGCCAUACAGUGUGUCAACAAUGUGGUAGUAGAUGGCAGAACACUUAAGGCAUCUCUAGGUACAACAAAAUACUGCAGUUACUUUUUAAAGAAUAUGCAGUGUCCAAAACCUGACUGCAUGUAUCUUCAUGAAUUGGGGGAUGAGGCGGCCAGCUUCACAAAAGAGGAAAUGCAGGCGGGUAAACACCAAGAAUAUGAACAGAAGCUACUUCAAGAAUUAUAUAAAUUAAAUCCCAAUUUUCUUCAGCUAUCUACGGGUUCAGUUGAUAAAAAUAAGAACAAAGUGACACCACUGCAGAGGUACGAUACCCCCAUUGACAAACCUUCAGAUUCUCUCAGUAUAGGGAAUGGUGAUAAUUCCCAGCAGAUAUCUAACAGUGAUACGCCUUCACCACCACCUGGUUUGUCAAAAUCCAAUCCAGUCAUCCCCAUCAGUUCAUCCAAUCACAGUGCACGGUCCCCUUUUGAAGGGGCAGUAACAGAGUCACAGUCGUUAUUCUCAGACAAUUUUCGCCAUCCCAACCCUAUCCCAAGUGGGCUUCCUCCUUUCCCCAGCUCCCCACAGACAUCCAGUGACUGGCCUACAGCACCAGAACCACAGAGCCUCUUCACAUCAGAAACAAUCCCAGUAUCAUCCUCUACAGACUGGCAAGCAGCUUUUGGCUUUGGUUCUUCUAAACAACCAGAGGAUGACUUGGGUUUUGAUCCCUUUGAUGUCACUCGAAAAGCCUUAGCAGACCUGAUUGAGAAGGAACUGUCCGUUCAAGACCAACCUUCCCUUUCACCCACAUCUCUUCAGAACUCCUCUUCACACACUACAACCGCCAAAGGUCCAGGCUCUGGAUUCCUGCAUCCUGCUGCAGCUACAAAUGCCAAUUCUCUCAAUAGUACCUUUUCAGUCUUGCCCCAGAGGUUCCCUCAAUUUCAGCAGCACCGAGCGGUUUAUAAUUCAUUCAGUUUUCCAGGCCAGGCAACCCGCUAUCCUUGGAUGGCCUUUCCACGCAAUAGCAUCAUGCACUUGAACCACACAGCAAACCCCACCUCAAAUAGUAAUUUCUUGGACUUGAAUCUCCCGCCACAGCACAACACAGGUCUGGGAGGGAUCCCUGUAGCAGGGGAAGAAGAGGUGAAGGUUUCGACCAUGCCACUGUCAGCCUCUUCCCAUUCAUUACAACAAGGACAGCAGCCUACAAGUCUCCACACUACUGUGGCCUGACAACAGAACUGAGAGGAGAGGAUUAGACUCUGGGGUGCUUGCAUGGGCAACUGGAUUUUUGCAUGAUUCCUUUAUGAUUUUGCAUUUAAUGUAUACACCCAAAAGAGCCAAUAUAAACGUUCCUGAUGCCUACAGCUAGCGUGUUACCUCAUAGUUGCUGAAGUAUUUCUUCAUUAGGCCUUUAACAUAAUUUAUUAGUGUAAUAAUUUUGGCAUUGUUUCUCAUGAGUGAUACUAUUUCUAACUCAUAAAAACAAAACUUGUAGUACUAAGAUCCCAGGUGAGAUUAGCUAGAAUUGUUCUUAUUUUGGCUCUAUUAUUGAAAAAUUAUACAAAGGUAAUGGUAGUACCUUGUUUUCUGGUUUGUGAAAAAAUAAUAUCCUAAUCUCCUGAAAAAUUUGAAAAUUAACAAGAUAAUGUCUGUUGCAUUCUUUGAAUACUUGAGAAGAAAGAAUACAUAUAAAACAAAAUCGGUGGUGUCAUUUAAUGCUCAGAAGGAUAUUGUUGGCGAUUGUUUUUAGUUGUCUAGAUUUAUAUCCUAUAAUAUGCAUUACAUGUGUAGAAACUGUUUUGUUCUCUCUCUUUUGCACUUUUGCACUUUCUUUUUGAAUGGUUGUUAAUUAUGCGUAGAUGGUUAAAAGAUAAUUAUAGCCUAAAUGCAAUAUAAUCUCUUUUCUAAUGCACUGUCUAGUAUACCAGGAAAUGCCUCAAAAACAGAACUUCAGUUUAUAGUUGACUUAUCUGAAACUUGAAUACCAAGUAAACAUUGUAUGUGAAAAGCAACCAUAGUAGUGUAACAUUGUUACUGAACAAACAGUAAUUCUGUGGGUUAUUGUUUUGGAAAUUUCAUUGUUUAAUAAUUAAAAUGUGAUAAUAAGAUAAUACUAUAAGUACCUGACCAGAAUGAGACUAAGGCAGAAGAGAAGAGAUUGGAUGUCCUCUAAAAUUAGGCCACCUAAAUUGUAACAGAUAAUUUUAAUCAAGAGAAUAGUGGAGUACUUUAUUAGGACAUAAUGUGAAGUGAUAUUUCUGAAAACACAUUUCUUGAAAUAGUUUUAAAACUGAUAAUAAAAGAAAAGAAACUGUACUUAGUUCGGAACAAUGGACAAAAGCUGAUUCAGAAAACAUGGCCAUAUUCUGCCUAAAUGAAGCAUCUGGGAAGAAAGGGAAAGUCACACCUCCUCUUGAUAUUUUAACCGUUGUGAUAAAAGGUAUGCUUUAAUUUGUUUAAAAAAAAAAAGUAUGAAAGGGGAUAAUGUGAAUACAAAAAAAGAAGCCUGGAGAUUGAAAAUAAUAAUAGAACAUGUUAUUAGGAGAUGGUACUUAAUGUCAUGUUGGAGUUUUCAAGGUUACCUCUGUAUAAAAUUGGAUUACUUUCUACUAGAUAUAAUGUGACAAAUUAAAUGACUUUAUCCCAAGGUACAGUGAGGUAAACAAAAAUCUAUUCUUAGAUAUCCUUAGAUUUGGUUACCUGAGGCUGUAGAAGCAGCGAAUUGUCUAGCCAUUUAAGUUAUUUUUGUAAAAUUCAGCGUAAAUAUCAAUCGCUAAUUUCUAUCUAGAAAUGAUUACAAGAACAUUGCCAAUUUGGAAAAUACCAAUAAAACACUGUAGACUUAUUAAACAUCAGCCUUUUACUAUAGCUUAAUUUAAUUAUGGUUUUCAUUUUUUACUGUAAGAGGCCAGGACUUCAUUUAUGUCUCCUGUGGGGCUGAGGCUCCUGGGCCUUGUUAUUAUAACAAACUCUGGCUCCUUAUAAUGAUGCUUACUAGCUCAAAGCUUUCUCCAGCCUUCAGUGUUAGCCUUUCAUUGCCUGGAUCUUCUUACAAAGCGAUAGCAAGUGGUUAGUUCCAUUUGCUGCUUGGUGUUGAGAGAUACACCUGUUAAAUGAGGCUUCUUUCCUUUCUCAUUCAUAGCCAGUGUGGAAAAAUCAUCAGGUAGUUUGCCCAGAUUUGCCAGAGCCCUAAAUAAAAUCCCAAAAUGAUCUCCCUGCCUGCUUCUCCUCCCCACUCCCACUUACAUGCACACCAUAAAUCAGGAAAAUGCUUUUUGGGCAAUUAGGCUUUGACUUCUAAAUUUUUGCAUAGAAUGGUUAAACAUGAUCUUUUGACUCACUUUGUAAUCCCUAGACCUUCCUUGUAAACUUCACCUUUUUGCUUACCUAAUAUUUUAUUUAAAUAUGGUUUUUUCUAAAAACUGAACUCUUAAAAUCAUAGUCAUAAUUAAUUUUACACUAAAGGACAGAAGAAAUUGUACAACACAUAAAAGAAGCCAGCACUUCACAUAGCAAGCAAAUGGAAACCACAAUGACAGAAGAAUGACAAAUUCUUUAAAAGCUUCAGGUUUUGUUGUUGUUAAAUUCCUGCAUGAUGCAUCAUGUGCAAGGCAAACUUAAUACACUUUUAUACCCUUAACCUUUAUAAAGUGACUAGCUUUUCCCUUAACAUAGGAAUUUUUAACCUGGAGCACAGACUUUUGAGAGUACAUACAAAAUUGUGGGUUUGUGUGCAUGUACGUAUGUCCAUUUUUUUCUGGGGAGAAGAUCCAUAGUUAUUAGAUUUGUGAAGGAUUUGGUGACACGCUUCUCCUAUCAAAAAAAUAAAAAAGAACAGCUGCCUUGAAAUGUUUUUAGUGCCACUUUAGGGAUUAGAGUCCUGUACUGAAUGAUUUUCGUUGUAUGAUGAAUUAUAAGUGCCUCUUUAUUUUCUCUAAGAUUCCAUUAGAAAAUAGUUUUUCUGACUAAUAAUGCUUUCCUUUUCAUCCUAUUAUUGAGUUUUCGUUUUCCACAUGCCACUUUUGUGUACUCUCCGCUUAUUUUGACAAAGCAUUAAUUAAAUAUUUGAGUACCUAUUCUGUAUAUUGACUUGAACUAGAUCUUGAGAGAUAUAAGGUUGAAUAAAAUACGGACCCUAUCAUCAAGGAUAAUUCUAGUGACAAUUAUAUUUCACAUUAUUUCUAUCAGGUCUUGAUAAUAUUUUAAUCACAGAAACCACCAUAGCAGUCCAGACUCAUUUAAUUAUUUAUCAUCUCUCAGUAACUGCUCUGAUAGUGGCAACAAAGGGUAUUGAAUACUUAUAUUUCAGAUUUUAAAAUUUAUGAUAAUUUGGAGGGAGGUGAAAAAAACCUUGCUAGGAAAGACAUACGUUCAUUAUUCCACGUGUGUGUGAGCUCAUGUCUCUUUCUCUUAGCAUCCUGGGAAUUAAGUAGAGCCUUCUGUGUAGGUGUUCCUUUAAAGAAAACAACUUUAAUGCACCUCUACACAUUUCCACUGACAUGGCUCCUAUUUGUACGGUGUUCCAGGCACUGUCAAGACUGCCAGAGCUCUGGUCUGCUGUGACACAGGUCCAUAGGUGCUCCCACAGAGGCAUUGCCUCAGAAAGACAAGAGAGAGGAACAAAUUGCUGUUGCUUUGAAAUCUUACAGUGGCCUGUAGGGGUUGGGAUAGGGCAGUAAGGAGAUCAGUUGAGGUAUUCAGGUACAGGUAAGCUUGGAUAAGUAUGCUUAAAGCCUUGAAAACCAGAAGAAGAGUUUAGUCUUGAUGCGAAUGUGGUCGGUGAUAGAGAACUAUAAGUUCUUGGCAAAAAUGUAGCUUGAUCAUAGCAUUUUAAGAAGAGUAGUUGGGUAAUAGAUUUGAUUGCAAUUAGGACUAGUUAUGCCAUUGCUGGCCAGUGCAAAUAAGUUGGCCUAGACUAGCACAGUAGUAGUUGGAAUGGAGAAGAACUAUGAAUUAGAAAUUGGAAAGCAUAAGAGCUGAGAAAAGGCCUUCAGAUAUGGUUAGAUCUCUGAUGAUCUUUAAAACUGUAACUUUCAGAGAAAGGUACAGAAUGGAAGCCCAUCGUUUUAGGAUGAUUGAGGAAAUGCCAAGAAUAUGUAUGCAGCAAUCAGUGACUACUUAGUGUUAAGACAUUUGACAACAAAGUUGAAGAGAAAAAUAAGAUGCUAACUAGGUGGAUGGUAGAUCUUAGAAGGCAUUGCUUUAAUAUAAGGGAGAAGAAGAACCUAAAUAUUUAAAGGCAGACCAUACAGAGCCAACUGAGAGGAAGAGAUUGGCAGGGCCGAAGAGAAGAUAGCUCAUUCAGUAGGAUAACAGAUGUCUUUGGUGGGAAGAGAUAAGCUCCUGAGAGGAGCAUGUGGGUUAGCUUAAGAGAGGUGGGCAGCCAGGCACGGUGGCUCACGCCUGUAAUCCCAGCACUUUGGGAGGCCGAGGCAGGCGGAUCAUGAGGUCAGGAGAUCGAGACCGUCCUGGCUAACACGGUGAAACCCCAUUUCUACUAAAAAUACAAAAAAAAUUAGCCGGGCAUGGUGGCGGGCGUCUGUAGUCCCAGCUACUCAGGAGGCUGAGGCAGGAGAACAGCGUGAACCCAGGAGGCGGAGCUUGCAGUGAGCAGAGAUCAUGCCACUGCACUCCAGCCUGGGCGACAGAGCGAGACUCCGUCUCAAAAAAAAAAGAAAAAGAAAAAAGAGAAGUGGGCUGUAUCUUCCUCUGUGACUUGUAAGAAUAAGAAGAACCUGGAGAAAGAGAAAGAUGAGAAUUGAGGAAAGGGCUCAUAUGAGUAAUUACUAAAAGGCAUUAUUGUUUGAAAACGGGGGUGAAAGUGGAAUUGGAAGCUUGUUAAAGAAGGAGAUGUAAAAAAAGAAAAAAGUCUUCUGUGAGAAUAAGCCCAGAAAUGCAUUGUAAAUAGUUGCUGUAUAUUUUUAUAUAAAGCAAGAUAAGAGUCAGCUUAAAGAUCUCUCAAGUUCAAAUAUAUAUGGUUUUGUAUGUUCCUCUGGUUUAGCACAAAGCAUGAGUGGAAAAAGCGAAUAUUGAGAGUUUGGUUAAAAGGGGAAAAAGACAAAGACAUAGAGACAUUCAAGAAGACCACAAUGAAAUGCAUGAUCUUGUGCCAAGAAGAGUCUAUUAAGGCAGUUUCCUGUGAAGAAAUGGUGUGAGUGAUGUGGAAGGGAGUUGAAUGAUUUUAGAUUUUGACAAUGACAAAGAACAUGUUAGUGUUGCUAAGGGAAUGAUAACUGGGAGACUGUGGUCACUGUGAUAACCACUCAGUGCUAAAUGGAUGAUUGAGAACCAGAGAAAGGAGAGGGCUGGAGGUUGGAAAGAAGCUUGUCUUUUGUAACCCUUUAUACUCUCUCCUCCAGUCUUUUCAUGAGUGUAGGAAGUCAAACUAUGUGAGAGAGAGUUGUAGAAAGCCUGGAAGCAAUUCCAUUCAUCCGCAGUUGGGCACCUGGGGAAUCCUGGGUCAGGUUUCCAGUGAGUUGAAAAUGAUGAAAGGAAAACUGCCUUCCUCAAAGCAUGGUAGGAGGACAUGGAAGCAGAGUGCUGGGGAGGACCAGGAAAAGCCAGGGAUGAGAUGAGACAGGUGUAAGUAAUCAAGCCCCAGUGAGUGUGAAGGAUUGGUAGAAAUGUUACUUAUGAUGUGAAAGAUUUAGACAGAGGGUUUAGGUAUGGUGUAUGAUGAGUUUGGUAGUUGUGGAGCCCUUAUUACAGGUAAUACAGCUUCUCCCAAACUCACAGGCAAACUGGAAAGCUUUUUUAAAAAUGGGCUUCCACCUAUGAAGGGAAAGUAUCUCUUCUUACAUAGUUGGUUUAGGUAGGUCAUUCUGCUUUAUUUAUAUAUCAAAUAAGAAUUAAAAGUAAGGUAUUGGUGAACAGUAGAUAUAAAUUAAUAAUUUUAUUGUAACAGGUUAUAAAAAUAUUUUGAUAAUUUCCCCCAAAGAGAAUGUACUAUAUGAAUAAAUAAAAUCUACAAAAUAUUGGGCUAAUUUACCCUUGUUUCUUAUGUUUUGUGUACUUAGGAGGUGACCUCUAGGAAAAAACUGCUGAAGAGGUAGUAGAGCAGGGUGAAGAUACUGUAUACUGUUAUCCCUAGGUAUCUGUAGGGGAUUGGUUCCACAGAUAGCAAAAUUCUCGGAUUCUUAAGUCCUCAAUAUAAGAUAGUGUAGUAUUUGCAUAUGACCUGCACAUAUAUGGGAGGCUGUAUAUUUUAAAUAAUCUCUAGAUUACUUCUAAUACCUAUUACAAUGUAAGUGCUAUGUAAAUAGUUGUGAUACUAUAUUGUUUAAGAGACUAAUGACAAAAAAAUCUGCAUGCUUAAUAAAUUACACAGUUUUU